AUGGAUUCCCUCAAGAAAAAGAAGACUUGCACCAACCCAUCUUGUUUCUUUUGCAGCCUGGAAGAGAAAGACUCCUCACUCAGGAGAGUGGGAAUGGAAAAAUGCUUCAAGGAAAUGCCCCUCACAGACAACAAGCAACAUGUCUUGGUGCUCAGCGGUCUAUGGCAUAUGGCAAUGACUCAGCCUGAUGAUCCUGAGUUCCCUUCCCUCGGCAUCUUCGAGUGCAUGGCAAAUUUAAUCGACAGGGGUAUUAAUGAUAGAAAUUGGCUUCUCAGGGGCCAAAACAUAUACAUACCCUAUUAUGCUGCUCAUGUGAUUGGCUCCUACACCAUGAACAAGGUGGAGUUUGCAGAAAUGGCAGCGAAAUCAGGUGUCAUACCGCCAUUAAUGGAGCUCUUGAGAGGAAAGAUCAGCUGGGUUGAGCAAAGGGUUGCGGUUCGAGCGCUCGGACACCUCGCUAGCUAUGAGAAAACGUUUGAAGCAGUAGCGGUUUAUGAAGAAGAAGUUGUUGGUUUAGCCAUGACACUUGCUUCUACUUGUCUUGAUGUUGUCUACUUCAACUUUGUAGGAGUGAAGAACAUGAAUGUGAAAUUGAAGUAUCAUUGUGAUUUGCUGACACGAGGCAUCGGAGAUUCGGAGAUGGAGGAUCGGAAGGCUGAAGAAUGGGCUAGCCAGCUUCAAUGCUGGUCUCUUUAUCUUCUAAAUUGUUUUGCAUGCAAACAAAAGUGUUUGAAUCUCAUUUGCAGGCAAGAUUUCUUGACAAAUUUGUGUGAUAUGUGGGGGGGAUUGGUGAAUCACGCGUCUCCUGCUGGGGCUGGCCUUAUUAGAAUCUUGUGUUACAGUAAAUAUGGAAGAAAAAGCAUUGCUGAAUCAAAACAAAUCAUAGACACUCUCUGCAAUCUCUCGAGAUCUUCUGAUGAUUGGCAGUAUAUGGGAAUCGACUGUCUUUUAUUGCUUCUCAAAGACCAUUCCACAAGGUACAAAGUUUUUGAGGUAAUUUCAUUGUUUCUUAUGGAUUUGGUUGAACUUGGAAGCCUUGGAGAUAGAUCAAACAUAGGUGAAGCAAUCACAAAACUCCUUCUUUUAGACCACAAAAAAUGCAAAUUGUUGUUCAAAAACCACAAAGUUGAAAAAGCCUUGCAAGAUUUAUGGAAUUUGAAAGUAGAGAGGAGGAGGAAGGAGAAACUUAUGUGUGAAGAAAAGGUUGAAGAGAGAAGGGUUAUAAUAGGUUUGAUAAAACAACAAGCAAACCAUAUGUUUUGGUUGGGAGAGAUUGAAGAAGCUCUAGAGAAGUAUUCUGAAGCAUUAGAUUUGUGCCCUUUGAAGUUUAGAAAAGAGAGAAUGGUGUUGCAUAGUAAUAGAGCUCAGUGUCAUUUGCUGCUUAGGGAUGCGGAUUCUGCCAUUAGUGACUCAACUCGAGCUCUCUGCCUCUCCACGCCUGCAAAUUCCCACAGUAAGAGUCUUUGGAGAAGAUCACAAGCUUAUGACAUGAAAGGGUUGGCCAAAGAGAGCUUGAUGGAUUGCAUAAUGUUCAUCAACGGCUGCGUGAAGUCUGGGAACACAAAGCGCGUGAAGAUCCCGUACUACGCGGCUCGUAUGAUCAGCAAACAGAUGGACGCCACUUGGCUAUUCGCCAACGCCCAGUCAAAGACAAGAAUCAGCGGUCAAGUGGGAACAGAACAAGAAUCUGACGGCGGUGACUAUAUUAGUGUUACCAACAUCAAUGGUGAGCAACAACAUGGUGAAAUGAUGAGGAAGAUGAUGGAGAACAAAGAUUUUGUAUCUGGUCUGUCCACCAUUAUAGAAGAACCUUUGCUCGUAAAAGAAGUGAGGAGGAGAAAAGUGAAGAGGGCUAGAAGGAGAUCAAAGAAAGCUGCUGGACCUCGAUCAAUGAGAACUGUAGCUUUGCACAGAUUAGCAAAUUUCGGAAUGAGUGGUGUUUUUGAACUGGCUUGA